AUGGAGAGACUUCAACACGAUCAUUCACCUCUAAAGAGAGGAUUUCUCUUGGCCUUUCUACUGCUCUCACUAUAUCUGCCUCUAGUACAGGCUGGCGAUGUUAUGAUAACGCUGUACCCGGGUAGCAGUCAAUGUGUUAGCGGCACCGCGCAAAUAUCGAUGUGGAUAAGACAGAGCGAGGUCGAAGAUACCUGCAACACAUUGCCUUUGCCUAUCAGAAGUGUAUGGUUUGAGACCAUUCGAGGCAGUUUUAACGACUUCGACAUGUGGUUCAUGCAGGAUUGCAAGGCGAUCAAGUCUGGAGACGUUGGGUUCUCCCCUGUGAAGCAGUACGUUGAUAACUGUUACACGGCGGGCAAGCCAGCCAAGAAGAUGAUUGCGUUCAGAGACAAUGCCAAAAUGAUGGGAGCCAACCAGACAAGGCUGAAUGUGAGGACGCUCGAGAAACGGGUUACUAGAUGGGGCCUGACACCGAAAAGUGCCAACUCUUGGGGUAAAUUCUUUGCAGGAGGUGUAUGGUACGUGGUUGGUGCAGUGGUCUACAACGAUGCUGCAUCUGAUGGCGACUUAUCAACAUCUAUGAUAUACGGUAUGCGCGAUACUUCCGAAAAGAACUAUAACCCAUCGGUACAUACUGGAUCAUACCACAUUGCGUAUAACCAGGCGCCUUAUCAAGUUGGACCAGAAUUUAGCUGGCAAACGAGAUCGAAUAUGCCGGUGAAAGUUGUGGAAAUGGUACUGACGGCUAUUGCGGACGGAAUUGCACAAUCCAAUGCAGAAGGGACAUGGGCAUCAUACGAAAUGGUUAUGUUGCACAAAAUCGCAUCGUUGGAGGACACAAGGCACAUCAGCACGGAAUACUUGGAAAUGCAAGGACCAACCAAAUAA